AUGAUCUAUUCAUAUUUUUCUUUCUUUCUUUCUUUCUUUCUUUCUUUCUUUCUUUCUUCUCCCAUUAAUUAUUUCCAUAUUGUUUUUCUUUUAUGUUCUCUUUGUAUUUUUGCUUCUUUUUUUUUCUUUCUUUGUCCAUUUCAAACUUCCUCUAUAUAUUUAAUUUCCCUUUCAUUUCUUUUUCUCUACCUUCUACAUUCUUUCUUUCUUUCUUUCUUUCUUUCUUUUCCCAUUAAUUAUUUAUUUCCUUAUUUGUUUUUCUUUAAUGUUUUCUUUGUUUUUUGCUUGUUUCUUUCCAAUGAUUCGCGUUUUCUUUUUCUUUCUUUCUUUUCUUCUUUCUUUCUUUCAUUCUUUCUUUCUUUCAUUCACGCAAGACUCGUUCUUUUUAAAUACAUGACUCCCGUUCUUUGUUUGUUUCUUCUUUUUCCUAUAACUUAUUUCAUUGAUUCAAUCUUUCUUUUAUAUUCACUACAUUUUAUUGUAUCUGUGCUUCCCCAUGAUUUUCUUUCUUUCUUUGACACAAUGAUUCGGUUUUUUUAA